AAGCCGGCUUGUGAGCAUACGACGACAGCCGGAGGCUAUAUAUAGAAGAUCCUCCCGUAUCCCGUUAUUCGUUCACUCCCGGACGCUAGCCCUCCCCUCGAGGAAGAUCAAAUCCCUGGGUUUGCGAGGAGUGAGAAUGGCUUCAAAACGCAUUAAUAAGGAAUUGAGGGACUUACAGAAGGAUCCUCCGGUUUCCUGUAGCGCUGGCCCUGUUGGUGAAGAUAUGUUUCAUUGGCAAGCCACAAUUAUGGGCCCAGCAGACAGUCCUUAUGCUGGGGGUGUAUUCCUGGUGAACAUCCACUUUCCCCCAGAUUAUCCAUUCAAGCCACCCAAGGUUUCCUUUAGAACAAAGGUAUAUCACCCAAACAUUAACAGCAAUGGAAGUAUCUGUCUUGACAUUCUGAAAGAGCAGUGGAGCCCUGCUCUUACAGUUUCUAAGGUGCUGCUGUCAAUAUGCUCACUGCUCACUGAUCCAAACCCAGAUGACCCUUUGGUGCCUGAGAUUGCUCACAUCUACAAGAACGACAAAGCCAAAUAUGAAACUACGGCCCGUUCUUGGACUCAAAAAUAUGCCAUGAAUUAGCUUAGCCCUCCCCCCCCGGGCGGGGGGCCGGGGGCUUUUGCUCAGAAACAGUUAGUGCUUCGCGCUAUCAUCAUUUCGUAAUAAUCCGUCCAAGCUGUAUGAAUGUUGAACAACUCUCUAGCCUUGUAGCUAUUGACUUCAAUUUCAAGCGUUUAUUUUACUUUUGUGUCUGGUGGUAGCCUAUAUAUCUUCUCAUCAUUAAUUACUAAAUGUGGAAUCCAUGUGUUAUAUACUUUGAUUAAAUAAGCUUUACUUUUAUGGUUUAUAAAUAA